CCAGAUGCAAUUGAUAUGAAAAACGCCUACGAUGCUCUCUUCAACCCUUCCACGUCGCUCAACAAGGUGAAGGAUGCGGCCCUCGGCGGACGACUGCUUGUUGCGCCUGAUGGCGCGUCCAUGGGAGUCGCCGGGCGAAGUCUUGCGUGGAAGCUGUUCCUGGUGGAGGCAGGGCCGCUGCAGCCCCAGCCAGAUGAACAGGCCCGCAUACCAUUGGACGCGGUCAAGGUUGCGCGCAUACAGUAUCAGAAGCUUUUCCUCGAUAAGAUGCGCGCACCAGACGGGGGCUACGAAGACGGCGUGAUCAUUCCGGGCACCCAGACGUCGCCCCCACGCACGGAGAGGACGGGUGGAAACCUCGAUCUAAACAAUCCGCUCAGUCUGCACAAUGAGAACCCUUGGACGGCGUGGUUUGCGGCUAUGGAGCUACGCAAGACGAUCCUGCAGGAUGUCGAGCGGACAUUUCCUGACAUCGAAUACUUCCGAGACCAAGACGUCCAAGCACAGCUCACGAACAUUCUCUUCGUCUACUCUGUUAUGCACCCCGACAUCGGUUAUCGCCAAGGAAUGCACGAGCUGCUGGCACCGCUCUACUAUGUUGUAGACUACGACUCCAUUCCGGAGGAAGAUACGAGUCUCGGGGACCACCCGCUAAGAGAGAUCUGUUCCCGACUCUGGAUUGCUGCAGACGCGUGGGCUCUUUUUGACUCGGUCAUGCGCGGUGUCGGUCGUUGGUACGAGUGGCGCGAAUCCAAGUGUACCACCGUCGGGAAGCCUGCUUUCGCGUCACAUGUCCACCUAUCCGCGAGCGCCGCCGAUGGCGGCAUCAAGCCCUACGUCUCUCCCAUUGUCCAGGCGUGCAACAAGGUGCAGAACAUUCUGCUGAAAAGCGCCGACUCACAGCUAUGGCGGAGCCUGCAGACUUCGGGCAUCGAGCCUCAGAUCUAUGGGAUACGAUGGCUACGAAUGCUAUUUACUAGAGAAUUUAGUAUGGAAGACGCAAUGGUGCUAUGGGAUGGGUUGUUCGCCUGCGAUCCAUCGUUCGACCUUGCACCCUGGUUAUGCGUCGCCAUGCUCAUACGAAUCCGGAAUCAACGUGUGUGAUGAUACCCGCCGACUAUAGUACCCAACUGACAUAUCUGCUGCGAUACCCGGCUCUGGAACACCGGUCAGCCUCACUGCCGUCCCUCCAACCAUGCAGCCUGCUCCUGCGCCAGGCUCUCACGCUACAGAUGUCGCCGACAGCUGCGACUGGUGUCUCUGUUGUGCAUGAAAACCUAAACUUGCUCGGGAUUCCAACCGAGGUGCCUGACCCCCCGCCGCCUCCCACUCGCCGGCGUCCACGCCUGACCGAACGUGGGACGUCGUCGUCGCACAUUGCCCUGCGCGAGGAGGGCGGGAAGGCUCAUAUCAGGCAAGGCUCAAACCCGAUGGCACUGCCGGAGAUGAUCGCCAGGGGACUGUUGGAGAGGGGAGAGAGCUUAGGAAUCAACAAAACGGUGAUGAACGCUGUCUCGGAGCUCAAGCGAAAUCUACCCGACCUUGCGAGCUCACUACCGCGGCUGCCGCUGUCACCCAGCUCUCAACAUCCGUCAUAUCCACUCUCAGACGAGCGACAUCCUGCGGCACGACCGCCAUGGGAGCCACGCACGCGGUUCGAGAUGGAGAGAGAGAUCGCGGAGCUGAAGACACUGCAGCAUCGGCUAGGAGACUCUGUGGGCUGGAUCGUCGACACGCUACUUCUCGAUGAUGGCGGUGGCCAGUCGAUCAAAGAACGGAAACGCGAGGCAGUGGAGUGUCUGUCAUACGUGCGAGACGUGCUGAAGGGUUCCAUCAUUCCGUCGCAAGUCGAGGAGGACCGGCUCAUCGGCGAGGAAGAGCUUAAGGCGCGCAAAGCGAGGGAGCUCGAACGGCAUGCAGCGGCAUUGCUGGCGAGACCCGACACGGAAUAUCCAUCAAUCGGUCUCACCGUGCCACAGCCUGCUGCAACAGCACCACCGUCGAGCCAGUCACAGCCUUUAGCGACGCGGCGGUCGCAGGACUACUUUACGGCGGGACCCUCGCGUAACCUCCCGCCAACGAAGGCGGCAUCGCCUGAGAGAACACGCGCGCGAGCGGCUUCUCCGACACCGACGGUGUCUAUGCUCACGCCGAACGCGAACGCAGUGCCGCUCGCACCGUGGAACCGCUCGCGGUCUGUGUUCUCACCACGGGACACGCCGGUUUCGCCUUCGUCACCCCGUUUGCCUUCGCGACCGCCUGCUGUCGCCUCUGUGAGACCCGCUGCGCGUCCAUAUCCCCCAUCACAGCCGGCAAGCGAUGACACAUCUCUGCAUGAACAGUCUCCGACGAGGCAACAGGACCCGCUUGGUGUCCUGCGGUGACGAAUAUCUCUCCCUUGGGACUACCCUUGUUGAAGAUCGGAUUGUUGCUGUGAUUGUGUAGAUUACUGGAUACCUAGACUGCCUAUUUACAGUUUGUCCGCACGGAAUACCC